AUGCCGUCGAAAAACAGUAUCAACAAGCCCAAGGGGAAUAUUACCCGUCAAAGAAAGUCCCAUCUGGCAAGCAAGAAGCGUGCGCAACGGGCACGCCAGGCAGUUACGAGUGUGACACAGGCCACAGGAAGUAGUGCACUUGUUCCCCUAAGCGCCAGUGGGGGAGUUGUUGUGAACACUGUACUCUCCAACAAGAAGGCCAGGAAGUUAGAGAGAAACCUCAAAUAUGCGCAGCUUAGACGUGAAGGGUCUGUUGGAAAGGGGAAGCGUGUAGACGUUGAAAUGAGUGGUGAAGAGAUUGCGCAAGCGAAGGAUAAGGAGAAUGUCUACAGAAAGGCGCUCUGGAGUGUCGUUGAGAGGAGCAGAGUGCAGGGUAUUCCGAUUAUGACGCCGGUUGGCCAGGGAACUACCCUUGGUGGUGGGUCAUUCUAA